GAAGUUUACGGACGGUUGCAAGCUUUUAUGAGGCGAGCUCAGACACAAAAUUAAACUUGAGAAUUUGAGAGUUUCCAGUGGUUUAAUUCCCCCUUCCCUACUUUAUGGCUUCCAGUUCCAACAUGGACAUAGAGGGCGCGACCCAGCACCUUCGGGACAUCUUAAAACUGGAUCGUCCCGGUAAUUCGGCCGAUCCCUCUUUGGUAGAGAGCCAGAGAAAACCAUCUUUCAAUGGAGAGUUGAAUGGUGUUCUUGGAGCGGAUCUUAUGGGAGCAGGAGGACUUGCGGCAAUGGUGGAGCCAACUACUCACAACUCAGACAAACUUAAUGGACAGGACACGCAGACUAUCUGUCUUUCAGGAGACGAUGGGUCCACCUGUGUCCCCAUCAGAGCAAACAAUGUGGAAAUUGUGUCCAGUCGUGACUCUAGUAUUGACAGUAAGGCUCGUGGCAGCAACAAGGUUAAAAUUCAGCCAGUGGCCAAAUAUGACUGGGAGCACAAAUACUACUAUGGCAAUUUAAUAGCCGUGUCUAACUCAUACUUGGCUUAUGCCAUCAGAGGUGCAAACAAUCAUUCUAUGAUCCGAGUGCUGCGGCUGGGAUCAACGGAGCGUUCGCUGCUGAAGGGCUUCACAGGUGCAGUCACAGACCUUGCUUUUGCCCACUUGGACUCCACCCUGUUGGGCUGCGUGGAUGAGGCUGGAAACAUGUUCAUUUGGCAACUCACUAGCCACAGCAGCAAAAUACAAGAUGAAGUGUUAGUUCACAUCCGAAGUCCUGAGGACACUCCACUAAAUUCCAACCGCAGACUCAUCUGGUGUCCCUUCAUCCCGGAGGACAAUGAUGAGAACCCAGAGGAUGCGUGUCAGACAUUGGCACUCCUUCAUGAAGACAGAGCUGAGGUUUGGGAUCUCGACAUCCUCCGAUCCAGUUACAGUUCAUGGCCUGUGGAUGCCACUGACCUGAAAGAGGGUUUCAUCACCAUUAGAGGACACACAGCACGCAUUAGUGAGGGAGCGCUGUCCCCUGAUGGCACUGUCUUGGCCACAGCCAGUCAUGAUGGAUAUGUGAAGUUUUGGCAAAUCUACAUUGAAGGACAGGACCAGCCCAGAUGCCUGCAUGAAUGGCAGCCACAUAAUGGACG